UUAACAUUAACGUCGUGUCACUUUCUUCACCUUUCUCAGACUAUCUCCUUCCCUACCACUUCCCUCACUUUACCAACACAACACACUAAGCUCAGAGUCAGAGCUCUCUUCUCCAAUGGCGGCAAUCACCGGAUUCUCCGCUCUUUCAAGCCCUAUUUCUCCUCCUCCGUCACUUCCGGUAUCGCGUUUACUCAAUUCCACUCAGUGUCUCUCCAGAUUCUCAAAUGUAUCUCCGUUUCCCGCGCUCUCUACUUCUCGCCGGAGAAAGAUCCCGUUGACUCCGGCGUGUUCUUCGAUACGCAACGGAGACGAAUCAGUUGAAGCAAGAGGUGAUGAUGAGAAUGAGAUUAAAGAGACAUUGAUGUUAUCAGUCUCUCCUUUGCCUCUCCUCCUCGUUGCUUCUCUCCCUGGAGCUGAAACUGUAACAUCUGUUUUUGGACCUGUUGUGGAGAUUGUAAAAUCCUUGAAUCUACCUGAUUGGCUUGUUCAUUGGGGACAUCCAGGGAACAUGGCAGUUGUACUUUUUGCUAUGGGUGGCUAUGGAACAUACUUAGGCUUCCGGAUUCGUUAUUCCGAUGAUAUUGAGGAGAAGGCAAAGGCAAAAGACCUACACCCGAAGCUUCUAGCCGGAAUGUUUUUCUUUUUCGCUCUUGGAGCAACUGGUGGUGUCAUAUCCCUUCUUACUUCUGACAAACCCAUCUUCGAAAGUCCGCACGCUGUUACAGGACUUAUAGGUCUUGGCCUAUUGACGAUUCAAACAAUCUUACCUUCUUUGUUUAAGGAGAAACCUGAACUGAGGAAUGUGCACGGGAUCCUCGGGAGUGGAAUUAUGGCGCUUUUCCUCGUCCAUGCUGCUUUCGGCCUUCAGCUCGGUCUCAGUUUCUGACUAUUCUUCACUGAUCUCUUCUCUUAUGUUUGUAUUUUUUCAGCUGCAACAACAAACGUUUGUUUUU